AUGUUCAGAAAAUUUUCCCGAGAGGAUGUCCAUUCAAGGUCAAAUGUAAAGUCUUCAGUUCAGCGAACCCUGAAAACAAAACUGGUGUCGCAGUUCCCCGCCUUAGAACCCGUCAUCGAUGAACUGGUUCCCAAGAAAAGUCAGGUUGAACUUAUCAAGUGUGAGGACAAGAUACAGCUUUACUGCGUCGACGGAGAGAUUCUGUUCUUUCAAAAGUUCAAUGAGCUAAUCCCAACGCUGAGAUUUGUGCACAGAUUUCCGGAGGCUUUCCCCACUGUCCAGGUCGAUCGCGGUGCAAUUAAGUUCGUGCUGUCAGGAGCCAAUAUUAUGUGCCCCGGUCUGACAUCACCGGGUGCUCAAUUGCCUGAGGCGCCUGGUUUCGAAAACGAAAGCCUAGUUAUUAUCACAGCAGAGAACAAGGAGAAUGCUUUGGCUGUCGGAAGGCUACUUAUGAGCACUGAAGACAUCAAAUCUAUCAACAAGGGUCAUGGCGUCGAGCUUUAUCACCACUUGGGGGAUUGCUUGUGGCACUUCAACAUUGACUGA